AUGGUCAACUCCUGUUGUGGCUCCGUCUGCUCUGACCAGGGCUGUGGCCAGGAGACCUGCUGCCACCCCAGCUGCUGCCACACCACCUGCUGCAGGACCACCUGCUGCCGCCCCAGCUGCUGCGUGACUACCUGCUGCCGCCCCUCCUGCUGUGGCUCCAGCUGCUGCCGCCCCUCCUGCUGCAUUUCUAGCUGCUGCCGCCCCGCCUGCUGUGGCCCCACCUGCUGUGGCUCCAGCUGCUGCAGGCCCAGCUGCUGCAUCUCUAGCUGCUGCCGCCCCACCUGCUGCCAGACCACCUGCUGCAGGACCACCUGCUGCCGCCCCAGCUGCUGUGUGUCCAGUUGCUGCCGCCCCUCCUGCUGUGGCUCCAACUCCUAUGGCUCCAGCUGCUGCCGCCCCUCCUGCUGCAUUUCUAGCUGCUACCGCCCCUCCUGCUGUGGUUCCAGCUGCUGUGGCUCCAGCUGCUGCCACCCCUCCUGCUGCAUCUCUAGCUGCUGCCGCCCCUCCUGCUGUGGUUCCAGCUGCUGUGGCUCCAGCUGCUGCCGCCCCUCCUGCUGCCUGCGCCCAGUCUGUGGUCAGGUCUCCUGCCACACCACUUGUUAUCGCCCCACCUGUGUCAUCUCCACCUGCCCUCAUCCCAUGUGCUGUGCCUCCUCUUGCUGCUGA